GUAUGUCUGAUGUGUGUGUCCGUUAUUUUUGUUGUAUAUAUUACAAGGUACAAAAUAACGAACUUUCAGUUGAUGAGAUCCCCUCUCGUGCUUUAAUGUGGAGGAAAGCAAGGGAAAACAAAAACGGAGAAUACAAGAAUGUUGAUGUAAAAGACAUAGCUAAUAAAAUAAUUGCCACUGAAACGCAAAUUAAAGAUGGAUCCGUGAACCUUGAUCCGGGCACGGAUGCACUCACAUUAGUAUUUGGCAAAGAAAAAGGUGGGUAUUUAAAAGGUGUUGGUUAUGGAGUGACUUCUAGUAGAUAUUGGCAGAGUCCUCGAACAAAAGGAUCAUCAAAAGAACGAAUUGCACAACUGGAGUUUCAACUACAUAACGAGAGACUUGAGCGUGGGAAAAAAGACGAACAAAUUAAGACUCUUUCGAUGCAGAUGGCAGAAACAAAUAACACACUUAAUCAAGUUUUAGCUCAUCUGGCUGCACAAGGACAAACAUUACAAAUAUGUUCAUUAUCUGCAGACAAAAUGUCACAAACACAAGUAAAUUCUUUGGAUAAACAUGACGGAUCAAAGCAUAAGGCCAAUGCUACCGCAUCUAAAAUAGUGCAAAAAGAAAUGGCACCAACGGUAAAAUCUAUGAACAAUAGUACUGGAUCAAAGGACAAUACUAAUGUUACCACAUCUAACAUAUUAAGUAAAGUAGUGCAAACAGAAGUCACUUCUCAUGCUAACACUUCUAAAAUGGUGCAAAAAGAAAUGAUAACGGAAAAUGUGAAAACUAGAAAAAAAGAUGUUUUGUCUACGCAAGAGACUUCACUUCUUGGGACAUCAUCGCAGUUGGAAUCACAAGAAAAUAUACAUAAUACACAUUCAACAAAUGUCCUAGAGAUCAAGUGUACUCUAUAUACUAUAAAUUUGAACAACUGUGUGGCUUAUGGUACAAUUCAUUUGUCAACGGGAAAACAAAGCAUUCAUGGAGUUCCACUACAAGAUAAUUGCUAUAGAGUUUCUAUUGAUAAAGUUGUAAAAGAAGCAGCAUUUCUACCGGUAGAAUCAUGUGAGGUCAAAACAGUUGGGGAUGCACAAAAUACUUUUGUUGCUUGGCCAAAAUACCUUGUCAAAACUAGCCAAAAGAUACCAAACCUAUCAAGCAUUCAAACACAAAACACUACAACUUAAGUCGCUAAAAAGCAAAAGAUGUGUUUUACAACGCUAGAUGGCAUCAAAAAACAGGGAGCAAGAAGAACAAGAAAAACACUUUAAACUAGUACUUAUUUUAUGUUUACAAUCAUUUCCUUUUGCAACAUUUGUAGAUAGUUUUUUAUUAGAAGUUUAGUUUUUGGUA